AUGAUUAAGACACUGUAUAAUUCAAUGAAAGUGAAAGAAAUAAGAGUCGUUAUAGUAUAUGGACGAUUGCCCCAUGCAUUUGCGCAGAACUGGGAGUCGUACAUAUUCAACGACAAAGAAUAUUUAAUACAAAAUUUGCCCGUUACCUGGGAAAACGCGAAGAUCUUGUGCCGAGGUCACCAUAAUGGAAACUUAGCGACAUUGGAUACGCGCGAAAAAUCUGAAUUCUUGGCAGAGGCUCUAUCGGAAUCGCAAUUAGAAAUAGAAUCUGUUUGGGUUGGUGCAAGAAGAGACUCUAGCGACGAUCCUGAAGGAUAUCGAUGGAAUCAAGGUGUGGAACUAAGACGAACUGCUGCAGAUAUUCUAUCAAGUGAAAAGGACGAAUAUGCUGCUAAACAUUACCCCUUUUGGCUGAAUAGAACGCACGUGCCUGUUCCUGAGGGCGGUGCCGACUGCGUAGCUUUGGAGAGAGUUCAGCACGACAAGCCGGUGUUCUUGGACUUACCUUGUCUAAUUGAAAGGCCGUUCGUUUGUGAGCGAGAUGCUCGUAUUGAAGUAGCGGUGCAGGAACUGAGGACGGUCCGCUGCAGGACGGGUUUGUAUCAUGUUUAUGAUGGGCGCCUGAACUGGCAUCAGGCUGCAGCUUACUGUGUGAUGAACAAGAUGACUUUAGCGAACAUUGGAACCAUGAGAUGCUUGAGGAAAUUAGGACUCACCAUGCUAAAAUCUAGACCAAGCAUUGAGAGCGCUUGGGUGGGUGCAAAAGGUUCGCUCGGGCACUGGACAUGGAUCGACUCCGGCUUAAGCAUCUUUCAAACAACUUCGUACACAGAUGUUCAACCGGAAAUGUGGCCACCAAUGAGAGACCGGUCUACAGUGAAGCAGAGCGGUUGCCUUCAACUGGAUAGACAUACAACUCGAACACCCGUGUUCUUAGAAGGCCGUUGUGAAAGAAAGAUGCAAUUUAUUUGCUAUCGAGGUGUAGUCGGUAUGAGGCGAUCCGAAGCGAUACCAAGCGACGAUAAUUAUUACUACAUCUUAGUCCGCCAGCAGUACUAUUGGCAGCACGCUUAUGAAAAUUGCUUAAAAAUGAAUGGAACUCUCGCCAGUAUUGACAACCAUGAAAUUUUGGUACAGUUGCUGCUUGUUAUGGGUGAAAAUAAAGACGAACCUGUUGAACACAUUUGGAUCUCUGGUCGUCUUAAUGUUACAAAGGACGUUAAUUCCGAGUUAGUGACGUACGCCUGGUAUAAUCCGAUGAACAAGAAAAAAAUUCCCGACCCAAAAAGUGACAGUGAAUCGAUAUAUGGAUUGUAUAUGCCGCCUUGGUUAGACGAAGAGUUUACAAUGGAUAACCCCUGUUUGAAUCUCGACAGGCAAGAUCAUUUGAACGGUCUUGUGUAUGGAAUGUCUUGUGAUACUCCUCAGUACUCCAUUUGCAUGAUUGAAAAGUCUACUUCAAAGCCCACAUCGAUGGAAAGUUUAGUUGAAGGAAGUGACACAACAUAA